GAGUUCAGGAUGUGCUGCCUGCAUGAAGAUCCAGACAGUGAAGAAAAUCAUCAGAACAGCAGCAUCACUGCUCACUCCUCUCGCUCUCGCUCUCACAGGAUCUGCAUUUGAGUCUGCAGUGCUUCAGAACAUGACGGAGGCUGAGCUGUACUCGCUGUAUAAAGGUGUGUAUGUGCCGACGCAUUUACACCCUCCUGAGAGCCUGAGAUACUGCGAGGAGUUCACUUUCCGUCCGGAGGACAUCCUGAUCGCCACUUACCCCAAAUCUGGCACAACAUGGUUGCAGGAGGUGGUUCCUCUGAUCUUGAGCGAAGGUGAUCUGACUCCGGUGCUGACCGUGCCAAACUGGGACCGAGUGCCAUGGCUGGAGGAACACCGGGCGAUCCUGCUCAAUCUGGAGCAGAGAGCUUCUCCACGCGUCUUUGCAACUCACUUCCAUCACCACAUGAUGAACCAGUCUUACUUCAAAAUGAAGCCCAGGGUUCUUUAUGUCCUGCGUAACCCCAAAGAUGUGUUCACGUCCUCGUAUCACUACUAUGGAAUGGCCUCAUACCUGGUGAAUCCAGGAACCCAAGACGAGUUCAUGGAGAAGUUCCUUGAUGGAAACGUCAUGUUUGGUUCCUGGUUUGAUCAUGUCAAAGGCUGGAUUAAUGCUGAAGAACAGGAAUCCAUACUGUACAUUUUCUAUGAGGAGAUGAUCGCUGAUUUGAAAGGCUCCGUGGAGAAAAUUGCCAAGUUUCUUGGUAAAUCUCUGAGUCCAGACGUGACAGAGAAGAUUGCUGAUCACUGUGUCUUCAAGAACAUGAAACAAAACAAAAUGUCCAACUUUUCUCUGGUUCCAGAGGAAUACAUGGACCAGAAGAAAUCUGAGUUCCUGAGGAAAGGAAUUGCUGGCGACUGGAAGAAUCUGUUCACUGAAGCCCAAAAGCAGCGAUUUGAUGCUGUUUACAACGAGAAAAUGAAAGGCGUGACAUUCAAAUUCAUGUGGGACUGAAAAAAUACAACUAGUUAAUCUUGUUUACGUAGAAAAAGCAUAUUAACCAUUAAACUUUUUGCUUAUCUAUUAAAACAGAAAGGGCUAUAACAGAUUAUUUUAAUCAUUCAGAAUGAGAUAUUUGCAUGUGCUUUUUAUGUAUAACACUUUAUUAUUAUUUUUUAUAAGAAACUAACUUUAAAAUAGCUAGAAGCAAAAACUAUUUUAAUUCUGCCUAUUUUAAAAAGAUUUGAAGAAAAAGAUUAUUAACAUUCCUCCUUUGAAUGAAAGUACUUCUAAAAUUCAUUUUUAAGCUUUUGCAUGCAAGUGUGAUAAAUUCAUAGAUAGCGUUGAGUAAAUUAAUCAAAAAAUUAUUUAAUUACUAGCUACUAACAGUGUGUUUAUUACUGUACUAAUUACUCUCUCUAAAAAUUAUUGCCUUGCUUAUUAGUUUUUAUAAAUAUAUACAUGUGGCAAAGGGGGGCGUGGUUUAGCGAACCCUGCAGCGGGGGAGAGCGUCAGGAGACGCGCGGUGAGUGAAUGGGUUAAAUGCAAACAACGAACACCAGUCUCUUGUUUCAGUAAUUGGCGUGGAGAGAGUAUAAAACACCAGGAGAAACGGGAGCGAGGGAGAGAGAGAGAAGGACUGCUGGCUGCUACCCUCAUCCUGAGUUUAUGUUGAUUUGUGGACCCCGCUCCGGUUUCCCCGCUCUCUCCACGCCUACCGCUUAACCCAUUCCCUGCCACUGGAGCGGCAGGGAGGUCUGGGCCAGUCUGCUGGCGUUGCGGGGAUCUGGACCAUUUUGUGGACAGGUGUCACGUUAUGGAGGUAGGGACGAUUAUCCGGGUCCCGGAUGUCCCACAGGCUGCCCCCGGUCGCAUGGUUAAAGUACGGUGUGUGCACAGGGAUGUGGUUGAGUCUCAGGAUGAGUCCCUGAAAUGCACGUUUAAACAGGUCAGAACCAUCGCCGGUCAGCCUCUCCAUCCUGGACAGCCGCUUACCUAUCCAUAUUUUGCAAUAAUUAAAGAUAGGUUGUAUCGAGUGACCCAAGAUGCUCAGACAAAAGAAGAUACAACCCAGUUAUUAGUUCCUAGGAGCCGCCGGGAAAUGUUUUUUCAGGCGGCUCAUUCUAAUCCAAUCACCUCAUGACCUGAGUUUUUUGAGCGGGCAUUCACGAGAAUGUGCACAGGUGGUGUGCGGCUUGUCAUGAAGGUCAGUUGGUAAACCCACUGGCUACACCAAAGGUGCCUUUGCGCUCCCUCCCAUUAAUGCAGGUCCCCUUCGAGAGAAUUGGCAUGGACCUCAUCGGGCCAUUAGAGUGAUCAGCACGAGGUCAUCAUUUUGCAUUAUGCAACACGAUAUCCAGAAGCAUUGCCUCUCCGCAACAUUUCCGCUAAGAGAGUUGUGGAUGUACUGUUUUCUUUAAUCUCCCGAGUGGGGAUUCCUAAGGAAAUCCUCACUGAUCAGGGCACAGCGUUUAUGUCACGGACAUUACGUGAACUUUAUGAAUUAUUGGACAUUAAAUCGAUUCUGACCAGCGUCUUUCACCCAGAAAUGGACGGCUGGUCGAACGUUUUAAUCGCACGCUUAAGACAAUGAUUCGUAAAUUCAUUCAGGAAGAUGCCAAAAAUUGGGAUAGAUGAUUGGAACCCCUGUUGUUGGCUGUGCGAGAGGUCCUGCAAGCCUCCACAGGGUUUUCCCACUUCGAGUUGCUCUAUGGUCGCCAGCCCAGGGGGGUGCUAGACGUCAUAAGAGAGACUUGGGACAAUGGACCUUCUCAAUCUAAAAACAAAAUUCAGUUUGUGAUGGACCUGUGAGAACAAAACUCCACACUUUGGGGCUCUCUAUGGCGAAUUUGUUACAGGCCCAGAACAAUAUAUCAUUAUAUAAUGUAUAAAGGGGAACCAAUUUGCGUAAAUUUGCACUGGGAGAUAAAGUGCUUGUUUUACUCCCAACGUCGGGUUAAAAAUUACUUGCAAAGUGGCAAGAACUAUUUGAGGUCACAUGGCAAGUUGGAGAGGUCUAUUAUGAGGUAAUACGCUCUGAUAGGAGAAGAGCACAUCAAAUUUAUCACCUCAAUCUCCUAAAAAAAUAGAAUGAGGGAGAAUCAUUUAUGUUGGCGAUGGUGAUUAGUGGAUGAUCUUGGACUAGAAGCAAAUAAAAAAAAAAACAAUCUCUCGCUCUGGCCCCAGGGGGAGAUCAUCUCUCGCCCUCCCAGCUCAUUUAUUUGACUACAUUACAGGAGGACCCUUUGCUGACACGUUUUCUCCCCUGCCUGGCUGUACAAAUCUCAUUCAGCACCAUAUCGAGACUGAGCCAGGCGUGGUGGUUCGCAGCCGGCCAUAUCGCUUGCCUGAAAACAAGAAAAAAGUAGUUCACGAACUAGGUGAGAUGCUUGAAAUAGGGGUAAUAGAAGAGCCUGAUAGUUUUAGUUCUCAAAACGGACAGCUCAGUGCGGUUCUGUGUGGAUUUUCGCAAGGUGAAUGCUGUGUCGAAAUUCAACGCAUAUCCAAUGCCACAGGUUGACGAAUUGAUUGACCGGCUCGGUGCGGCUCUUUUUUUUCCGACAUUGGACUUAACAAAGGGUUAUUGGUAGAUCCCCAUGUCUCCAUUAUCCAGAGAAAAAAACAGCUUUAAUGACGCCGCUUGGGUUACACCAAUUUUUUGCAAUGCCUUUUGGCUGUUUGGCGCGGCGGCUACUUUUCAGCGACUGAUGGACAGGGUGUUGCGGCCCCAUGGUGCAUAUGCUGGUGCAUAUGGUAAAGUAUCUGGGUUUUCACUUGGGACAUGGACAGGUGCUUCCCCAAAUUGAUAAGACUGCAGCGGUUGCUACCUGUCCGCAUCCCAAGACCAAAAAGGAGGUGAGACAGUUCUUGGGGCUGGCGGGAUAUUAUAGAAGGUUUGUGCCUAAUUAUUCGGACCUCACCAGCCACUUGACUGAUCUCACUAAAAAGGAAGCACCAGAUACGGUUCAGUGGACGGAGCCGUGCCAGCAAGCGUUUACCCAGGUGAAGGCUGCUCUAUGUGGUGGGCCAUUGCUUCACUCUCCGGAUUUCUCUCUCCCUUUUUUGUUGCAGACGGACGCAUCGGACAGGGGGCUGGGGGCUGUCCUGUCCCUGGAGAUAGAGGGGGAGGAACGGCCGGUACUGUACAUUAGUCGCAAGCUCUCUAAGAGAGAAACUAAGUACAUCACCGUGGAGAAGGAGUGUUUGGCCAUCAGGUGGGCCGUCCUCACCCUCCUCUAUUAUCUCCUGGGACGGGAAUUCACCCUCUGUUCUGACCACGUUCCCCUGCAAUGGCUCCACCGCAUGAAGGAUACCAUAGCGCGGAUCACUCGUUGGUAUCUAGUUUUACAGCCUUUUAAGUUCACGGUGGUCCACAGGCCGUGUGUUCAGAUGGCUGUGGCCGAUUUCCUCUCCCGAAAUGGGGGGGGGGGGGGUAGGGGUGGGCUCCCCGGCCUGAGUCAGGCGGUAGGGGUUUGUGGCAAAGGGGGAUGUAGUUUAGCGAACCCUGCAGUGGGGGAGAGCAUCAGGAGUCGCGCGAUGAGUGAAUGGGUUAAGCGCAAAUAACGAACACCUGUCUCUUGUUGCAGUAAUUGGCGCGGAGAGAGUAUAAAACACCAGGAGAAACAGGAGCGAGGGAGAGAAAGAAGGACUGCUGGCUGCUACCCUUUAAGUUUAUGUUCAUUUGUGUAUUUUUUGUGCCUGUUUUGCACAAUUUUUGUUUUUGAAUUAAAUGAAGCAGUCAGUAGCAAAAGCCGACCCUGCUUUCUUCCUUCCUACACAACAAAAUUUUUUACAAUACACUACCGUUCAAAAGUUUGGGAUCAGUGAGACUUGUAAUGUUUGUUUUUUUUAGUUAUUUUUUUAAAGUUUCUUCUACUCAUCAUGCUGAAAAUAAAGCUGCACAUCACAGAAAUAAAUUAUACCUUAACAGAGAUUCACACAGAAAACAGCUGUUUUACAUUAGAAUAAUAUUUCACAAUAUACAUUUUUAUUCCUGUAUUUUUGAUCAAAUGCAGCCUUGAUGAGCAGAAGAAACUCCUGUAAAAAGCAUUAUCCCAACCUUUUAGCGGUAGUGUACACUGGCAUAUAUACAGUCUUUACAUGUAACAAGCUGCAUAAAAAUGUGUAAUAUAUGCCAGUAACCAAUAUUUCAUAUACUGUUCAGCCUUAAUAAUUUUAUAAAAAGUGUAUAUGUAUACGCUCACAAUCCCAUGUUUUAAAUUUUAAUGAUCUUUGCUGUCUCCUAAUGAUAAUAAUUGUAUAAUACUGUUAGAAGUAGUCUUUAAUAAUAAUAAAAAAUAAUAUUUUCAAAAUGUA